AUGGCAUCGCAGAAAAACGGUCAGAUGCUUUCCACUCACCAGAAUGAAAAUCCUGUCGAGAACGACACUGCGAUCCCCGACACUACUCAAGACGCUACUUUCAUUCAAGAUACCGCAAUGCAUACCGCCGAGGCCGCUGGUACCGCCGAGGCCGCUGGUACUUCUGUCUCUUCCUUCGAGCACCGCGGCUACGAUUACAAAGGCUAUCCUAAGCCCGGCGAGAAUGAUGAUCUUCCGAUGUAUCCCGGCAUCCAUCACAACGCCAACGAGAAUCUCGAAAACGCGUUCAAGAACAACUUCGCCGACAUGAUGGACAUGUUCGACAAAGGCGACAGCGAGGCCGCCGAGGCCAUAGCUACCGAACUGCUGCUCUGGGGAGAUCUUCCUUGUCUCAUUCGCACCUACGCACACAUCGUUCUUGCUUACGGUCCCACGGACAACCUUCUUCAUGCUUCCAGGGCCGUCGAAGAGGCUCAGCGGGGCCUUGCGAGAUACGGCGAUCAGGGAAUUGGCAAUGAGUUGCUCACUGUUGCCAAGCAGACGUUGGAAGCAGUCACAAAGGCGCGCAGCGAGGCCAUCAAUACUGGCAGUGCUAAGGUAGACGCUGAGCAAAUGGUAAAUUCCAGCGCGCAUGACGAGAACAAGACACUGCUGACGCCAGAUAGGAGGUUGACCAGCACGCCGAGAACAGCCAGGACACAUCCACCUGACACCUGUCUGUCACGGCGCGGCGCGGAGGGAGGGAAGAGGGUAGUAGAAGUGCAUGGAACCCUAUAG